AUGACGACCACCUCCGAAGACUCCGUCCUAUCCCUGUCCUCAUUAUCCUCCGCACCAGCCCUCGAAUCACUCCUAGUACUCCUCUUCGAGCCCUCCACCGCCUUGCGUAAUCUCUUAGUCCCCUCGGUGCUCCUCCGACUCACCGCUCGCUCAGAGCCUCCUUCAAGCUACAAUGAGCUCAUAGAUAUCUGUCAGGAAGUAUCGAGCGACUGGACAUGGGAUGAGAAAGCUGAAUUCAUAAGUGGACAUCCGAUGAUUGGAGAGGUCAAAGGGUUAAGUAAGUUGAGUGGGAAAGAACAGGGUAAUUCGACUGCCACGCCGAAAGUAGUCUUGGAUAGACUUGCCCAUCUGAAUGAGCUUUAUUGUACCAUCUUCCCUGGCCUGAGAUACAUAACAUUCGUGAAUGGACGUUCAAGAGCAGCGAUUAUACCUGAAUUUGAAUCGAUCUUAAAUCUCCCCCUCUCACCUCAGCCUCUCUCUGAUGAUUUUUCCACAAAUCAACCUUCCUUAGACUCGGAAGAAGUAAAACGCCGGAUCAAAUUGCCUGAGAGCGACGCAUGGAAGAAAGAGUGUAAGAGGGGUUUAGGCGAUGUAUGGUUGAUUGGAAGAGCAAGAUUAAAGGGACUGGGUUUACAAUGA